GAAAUACGUAUUUAGACAGCCCUCGUUCUGCCAUGUUCUUUCUUCUGUUCCUCCCGGAGGAGAUGUUUUCACGUCGCGUAGUAGCCUUAUUUGCCUCGUGGUCGUUCGUUCGUUCUCGCGUCUUUCCGCCGCUCUUCGGGUGACCGCUAUACGCGCCGGCUUCACUUGGUGACGAAAGCAUCGUUGGCAACGUAAGCAACAAGUAGUUGGCCAUGUUUUAAACAGUGCAGCAUGUUGAAGCAGGCAGUUUUUAAUAAACGAAGUGGUUCAGUGUGAUUCUUGAUCGACCUAAAAAUUGGAAACGCGUGUGGUAACGUUGUGCAUCGGAGCGUUGUGGCGUGGCCUGCCGUUGCAUUGCCGUGUCUCGUCUUUGACCUUGUGAAGAGGAAGAAAACAUGGGGAAGACUGCAGCAAGAAAGCGCCCGAACGUGUAAUCGUCGAACACCGGGGUGUUGCAGUGCUGUUUAUUUAAAACCACAUACAGGAAUACGAACUGUUUGCUUUUCGGUGAUGUGCCUACAACUUCGCUAUUGAGAAAUUUUUGCUACUAAUAGUGCUUCAAUCAAGAGACGAAAUGCAAUCCAUUAGUGUCUUCUUGUGACAUAGAAAUGUUCUAUUUGUGAGGUGCAAGUGUAGGAUCCAUUGUGUACCUUUUGAGUGUGGUAUUGUGUUCGUUCGCCCCGUUUCAAAGGAUUAACAAUGACCAGUCGCAGGAAACGACGUCAGCAGGAUGGCUUCAUCAAGAAAGUGUCCUCAUUGUUCAACUUGGACACGGCACACACUCCUCUGCUCCCGGGCGAUAAUAAACACGUGAACGGCGAUGGCGAGUGGGAGUUCGAGGAGAUCGUGCUGGAGCGCGGCGGCGCGGGCCUGGGCUUCAGCAUCGCCGGCGGCACCGACAACCCGCACAUCGGCGACGACACCGCCAUCUACAUCACCAAGCUGAUCCCGGGCGGCGCGGCGGCGGCCGACGGCCGGCUGCGCGUCAACGACACCAUCCUGCAGGUGAACGACGUGACGGUGGUGGACGUGCCGCACGCCGCCGCCGUCGACGCCCUCAAGCGCGCCGGCAACGAGGUCCGCCUGUACGUACGGCGGCGGCGGCAACCCAGCCACGUGACCUUGCUGGAGAUCGAGCUGGUGAAAGGUUCCAAAGGGCUGGGCUUCAGCAUCGCGGGCGGCAUCGGCAACCAGCACAUCCCGGGCGACAACGGCAUCUACGUCACCAAGAUCAUGGACGGCGGCGCGGCGCAGAUCGACGGCCGCCUCGUUGUCGGGGACAAACUGGUCGCCGUGCGCAAUACACCGCAUGGAGACAAGAACUUGGAAAACGUUACACAUGAAGAAGCAGUAGCAACUCUGAAAGCCACUCAGGAACGGGUGGUGCUCUUAGUUGCUAAGCCAGAAUCAAAUUAUAUGCCUCCACCGCCAGAUGUCUCCAAUACGCCUCCGCCGCCUCCACCUAUAGAACCCCAAAUUCCAUACUCGGAUUCACACAACACCUCGAUGACACUGCCUGCAUCCACACCUCGUGCAGUUAGUGAAGAAGACGUAUCAAGGGAGGUGCGAACUGUCGUACUCAACAAGGGGAGCACAGGACUGGGUUUCAAUAUCGUCGGAGGUGAAGAUGGAGAAGGUAUUUUUGUAUCGUUUAUUCUUGCGGGCGGCCCUGCAGACCUGAGUGGGGAACUGCGUCGAGGGGAUCAGAUUCUCAGUGUCAAUGGCGUCAAUUUGCGCAAUGCCACGCACGAAGAGGCAGCUCAAGCUCUUAAGGGAGCUGGUCAAACAGUGACUAUUGUCGCACAGUAUAAACCCGAGGAGUACAACCGCUUCGAGUCGAAGAUCCAUGAUCUAAAACAGCAGAUGUCCCAGCAGAUUAUGUCCGGCACCCUCAUGAGGACAUCACAGAAGAGAUCACUUUACGUUAGGGCGCUGUUUGAUUAUGAUCCAAACAAGGACGAUGGCCUGCCAAGCCGUGGACUUCCAUUUCGCUACGGAGACAUCCUCCACGUCACCAAUGCCAGCGACGACGAGUGGUGGCAAGCCCGACGAGUGCUGGCCACGGGCGAGGAGGAGGGGAUGGGCAUCGUCCCGUCGAAGCGACGCUGGGAGCGCAAGCAGCGGGCACGCGAUCGCACCGUCAAAUUCCAAGGACACGUGCCAGGGGUGAUCUUGGACAAACAAUCUACACUUGACAGAAAAAAGAAGAAUUUCUCAUUUAGUCGGAAAUUUCCUUUCAUGAAGAGUAAAGAUGAUAAAUCUGAAGAUGGUUCAGACCAAGAACCUUCACCUACAACUCCCAACAAUGAUGCUGAUUCCAACUCACAAUCAUUCAUGCUGUGCUACACGCAAGAUGAUACUCAUACAGAAGGAGCGGAAGAGACAGUCCUGUCUUACGAAGCAGUUCAGCAAAUGCAAAUUCAAUACACUAGACCAGUCAUUAUUUUGGGACCUCUUAAAGACAGGGUGAAUGAUGACCUUAUUUCGGAGUUUCCUGAUAAAUUUGGUAGCUGUGUACCACACACAACAAGACCAAAACGAGAAUAUGAAGUGGAUGGAAGAGACUAUCACUUUGUUGCAUCUCGUGAACAAAUGGAGCGAGACAUUCAGAAUCAUUUGUUUAUUGAAGCUGGGCAGUACAAUGACAACUUGUAUGGCACUUCUGUAGCUUCAGUCCGGGAAGUUGCUGAGAAGGGCAAACACUGCAUUCUAGAUGUUAGUGGAAAUGCAAUCAAGAGAUUACAAGUUGCACAAUUGUUCCCAGUGGCAAUCUUUAUUAAGCCCAAGUCCAUUGAUUCUAUUAUGGAAAUGAAUAAGAGGAUGACAGAAGAACAGGCAAAGAAAACUUUUGAGCGUGCCAUGAAAAUGGAACAAGAAUUUGGUGAAUACUUCACAGCUGUUGUUCAAGGAGACACUCCGGAGGACAUCUACAUGAAGGUGAAGGAGGUGAUCCAGGAGCAGGCAGGCCCCACCAUUUGGGUGCCAUCGAAAGACCAGCUGUGACGGGGCGCCCAGCCCUCGCCAUGGACAGUGCCUGCAUGUGGCGGCUAUUGAUGGAGCACACGUGACCUGCCCUAGUUGCCCUGGAUACCAGUCUGUUGUCAACCAGGUUGACUCUCUGCCCGCCUGCCUAAACUUUUAGUGUCCAUGUGUCCACCUGCCAGCAUCACAUCCCCAAAGCAUAAAGAGUAAUUUGAGUGUUGGAACUUGAAACCAGUUUUAUGUGGUACCUUACUUACUAUGGGAAUGAGUAAAACAUUACCAACAUUGAUUUUUAAAAUUGUGAUUGAUUUUAUGCCAAGAGUGUUUAUUUUAAAGUAGUAUUUUUGAGACAAUAUUGUUGGAUGAAAUACAUUUUAGAGUACAUGGAAGUGAAAGAUCAAUUUAAGACUAUAAAAUAAUGGAUGUUUUGUAGAAUAUUUGUACAGUAUGAAGUGCAGCUUGAUUAAGUGGGUUCAUAGGAUUGAUUUAAGUUUUGAUAGGUAGAAUAAAUUUUGUUUUGGGGUUGUCAUUCUACCACAAGGCUAGAAAGACUGUGCUAUUUUGUAACUAGUAUGUUAUUGAUGGCCUUGUGGCUUGCAGGUGGCUAAUCAAAACAGGGCAGAUUGAGUACUCAGGGCAUGAAGCAGUGUGUAUGUGCAUGUUUGAAUUCAUGCAGGGACUUACGGUUAGAGGGAUGGGUGAAUAUACAGGUUGGUGGUUAGUGGCCAAAGACUUGCUGAACCAUAGGAGUGAAGAAACUUAACUCAACUCCUCCUCUAUUGUAUGAAAUGUUGACAAUUAGCCCCCUUUUAAUGUUUCACAUAUACAGUAUAAAGCUAGUUAUUUUUCAGCGUGGACUGUGCAGUGCUGGAACUGAUGAUUGGGGGCAGAUUUCUCUCAACAAACAGCUAUGACAUUACCGGUUUUGUAAUUAUGACCCUUUGAACCUAACCACAUACAGCAAUCUCAAGAUCUGUUACUUCUUAAAACUAUAAAAAUCUCAGUAAUUGCAACUUGUUCUUGUUUGUUAAUUGAGCGUGUUGCCUAGAAAUAAAAGCUUUGUGGGUUGCAAUGUAGGUGAGUUAUGACAAAACGUUUGUUUUUAUAUAUGUAUGUAUAUUUAUCAACCAAUGGCAUAACUAUGCCCAAGUUCGAAAGAUCGGCAGAAGAUGCCUUGGGAUAUACAUGUCCAAAUUUUUUUCUCAUAUAAGAACAUCUACAAAUUCUAUGUACAUGUUGCUUUAAAAGCUCCAAGUAAUGUACGUCUGAUCGACGGUGUGAUAGCUUACUGUGCUUGCAAUUUUUGACCCAGUAUUGUAUAUAUACAAAGUUCUAAACAUAUUUAUUGUUGUUCAGUGUAUAUGUGGAGCUCUAUAUAAAAGAAAACCUUUAAUCUCAAGUACAUUGAGUGUUAGUUCAAUAAUUUUAUGCAUUCUGUAAAGUUUAUUGAAUUGUUCACAUUUAAUUUAAUGAUGUUUUUAUCUGUGUGAUAAUUAACAAAUUAGUCCCAUUUUAUGCAAUUUUUUAAAAUAUAUCUUAACAGUGACAAAAUGGAGUGUGAUUAUGGUUAAUUAUCUAAUACUGAGUUCUAUAACAUUUUUCUCCCAAGGCAACUUCUGCUCUCAUAGUUUGAACACAACAUGAAUGUACAUAACAACACCCACUGUUUGUUGGAUAAUGGUGGCUAUUAUUAACUCAUUUUUUAUCAUUAUAAUUAAUGCAAUCCAUUACCUGCUAACGAAUAUUGGAUAUUUCCAUUAGAUGUGAAGGAUAUCCAGAACAAAGUGAAUUGUGAUAAUAUUAGUAUAUUGUUUUCCAGUUGCAGUUAACAUUUUGACAAAGUACCUUGUUUGAGUGUGAAGGGAUGUUGCAAAUGUUUAGUUUGGGUAAUAAUUAGUUUGAAAUGUAUGUGAAACAAGAGGACUAUUUUAUUCAUGCUUUUUUUUGGAGCCUGAUUUUUUUAAAUUUAUUUAGAAGGUAAUGAAUUAUUCUUCCCUUGAUCAUGUUACUAAUAUGACAACUAUUUGAUUAGUACUUGCUAAAGGCUAGUUUGAAUACACACUGAUAGAUUGAAUUUAUCUCCAUAAAAUCUCUUAGUUUACAUGGUUGAACUCUUUUUGAGAGAGUUUUAUUGAUUUAUUUUAUGCCUGUGCUUAAGAUUUGUUGUACUGUGUAUUUUAAUGGUCUGUAGUUAUGGUUUUAGGCAGUUUGACUUACAUAUUCAAAGCUUCAUUGACUUGUUAAUGCUAAAGAUGAUUCCCAGUGUCAGCUAUGUAGCAGAUAGCCUUAUAAAUAAUUGUUUGUUCUUAUAUAUAUGUUAUUAGUUUGUGAAAUAUUGUUAAUGAAGCAAUAAGUAUGUUAAUUGUGAAUUAGUUUUUAUCAUGUUAUUAAAAUUUUAUAUCCUAUUGUGUUCAAAUGCCAAAAUUUAAAUUACUGCUAUUAAGAUUUAAGAAUUUGUGUUAUCACACUGCAAGUACUUUGUUGAAAUGAAUGUGAUUCUCAAAUUCUGUUCUGAAGAUUGUCAUGAUAUGUCAAUAAUCCAAAAUGAUAACUUCCCAUUCGUUAGCAGGAUGAGACAAGUGACAUGGGUUGAGAAAAAUGCAUGGCUUUCUCACAUUAACUCCUGUUUAUAAUACAAGAGCAGAAAUCCUCUCCAUUGAUUGCAGCUGUGUAAAAGUGUUGUUGAAUUCUGUAUACAAAAAGAAAAAAGAACUGCCCAUUUCAUUGAAAUGUAAAUAAAGUUGAGUCCCCCCAGAAUUGGUUUUUUUUAUUUAUUUAUUUAUUCUUGUUACUUAUGACGUGUAAUGCUUGGAACAAAAAUUAUUAACUUUUGAUUUCAAAUAUGCAUAACAAAACCUGUUAUGUUGUGCAUUUUAUUGGGAAUGAACUCUAUUUGUAUCAAAAUGUGGAAGUAGUCCAAAGUAAAAGGAAGUUGAUGAAAAGCUAUUUCAAGUCCAUCUGUUCAGGAGAUUAUUGGAAACUGUUACUUUAAUAUUUAUAGAAUGGCUUGUGUAAGUGUUGCAACUCUAAUAGAUAAAGAAACAGUUACCUCUUCUCGUCUGCAGCUUCAUAAUAUGACAUUUUCAGAUCUUUUUCUGUGUACUCCAAAAUGAGCGUUGUUACAAAAGAUUAAAAAUUCAGGUUGAAAAGUCUGAUCGUUAAAAAAUAUUCAUGGUACAGU